GAAUGAAUUGAUGCAGAGAGCUAACUCAGUCAACUUGACGCUGGAAGAAGCAGUAACGCAGGGACUAUCCGAACCGAGCUUAUAAAAGCAUGCUGGGCUUCCAGCCUGACACCCACCCAGUUCUCUCUAUCUUUCAUCAGCACUCGUACUCCAACGAUCUUCGCAAUUAUCUUCACCUUCACCCGGGUCACAGUGUUCGCCGUCAUGCCCCGCUUCGCUCUCAAGUUUGCGGUCCUGAUUCUUGCUGCGACGAUCGUCCCGUCUGCAUUGGCCAUCCCUGCUGGUCACGAAUCUGCCCUCGUUUUUGAUAAAUUGAUACCGGCUCUCCUAAUAGCUGGAGAUUACAUCUCCUCGUCCCUUGUGAUGCCCAGUCCUACCACCAUUGUGACGUCCGACGCAUGCCCGAGUGCCACCGAUUGCGUCUCGUCGGCCUUCACGAGCGUGCCAGCCAGCAUCAGCAGCGUCUCCAUCGACCCUUCUGGCGUAAUGUCUGUCUACACGAGUGUACCGGUCAGUGCGUCUGAAUCCGUCGUCACCUCGAUCGUCAGCAGCGUCGACGUCGACCCCUCGAGCGUGCCGGUCAGCGCGUCUGGAUCCAUCCUCACUUCCAUGUUCACCAGCGACCCUGUGAGCGCUUCCGGCUCUGCCGUAACCUCGGUCUAUACCAGCAUCCCAGUCAGCGGGUCGGGAUCCGUGGUCACCUCGUGCUCCAUCACCACGUCGGUCUACAGCAGCGUGCCCCCCAGCGUAUCGCCCUCCAUCGUUACGACCACCGUUACUGUCUCGGGAACCGCGGUGACGUCCAUCAGCAGUGAAUCCGCGUCCUCAGUCUCCGAUGGCGUGCCAUCUUCAAUCACAACUAACAUUCCCGUGGCCGGCAGGAUCAUCAAUCGCGCAGCGCAGUGGUUCGGCAUGCACGUGUAUGGGACAGAGGCCAGGGCACAUGGGAUCGCGAUGGAGCAUGGUCGGAUCGAGUGACGGCCAUGGUGUGGGGGUUUGUAGCAUGCGCAGAUACCAGAUGGACUACAAUAUAGGUAUAGGGUAGUGGGAGCUCUGAAGGACAGUGAAGGCCAGGAGGUAUCGAUGUGGGCUGUUGUUAAACUUUAUCGAGCCUGAGUUCAUUGCCU